GAGUGCAUUCACUCGGUAUCCGCGAUCGUCGUGAAGUAAACAAGUUAGUCUACUUUUACAAACGAACAUAGCGAUACGGACUUUACUAAGAAGAAUAUUUUAACAGAAGUAUAAAAAACAGUUGUCUAGUUGCCAGUGACAAAGUACAGCCGAAAAAAAGUGUGCAAAAGUUUUCCAAAUAUGGACGCAACAAUGGAGAAUAAGAUGGGUCUGCCGCCGCCAUACGAGCCCCUGCCACCGAACCCCGCACCGCCACCCUCCUACGGAUUCAGCACGGGGCCUCCCAUGGAGCAGCCGCGUACUGAGGUGGUGACGUCACAGCCCCUCAACCCGGGCCCCAUCGUCCUCGGCCCGGGGCCCACCGGCCUCCAGUGCCCCAAGUGCAACAAGUCCAUCGUCACCAGAGUCGACUAUGUGCCGAACAAUAGGACCCACAUCGUGUCGGCUGGAUUGUGUGUUAUUGCUGGAUGCUGCUGUGGGUGUUUCGUACCGUACUGCAUGAAGUCGUGUAAGACUGCCAACCACUACUGCCCCAAGUGCACCGCGUACCUGGGCUCGGCCGAUCCCUCCUAAUUUAGUCGGGUUAUACGACAGCACUGCUUAAUUAAAAUAAUUAUAAUUUAGGAUACAUAAUAUUAAGAAUUUGCCUAGAUACAUUAAAUUUAGCCGGGUGUGGCGCCCCUAAUAUACAGGGCCGUAUUUCAACUUGAAACGGAGGAGUUUGUUAAUUGUACGUAAUAGGUUGUUCCAAUUGUAUUACAGUAAACCUGUAAUAUUAAAACGACAAUUACUUAAUAUUUACAUAGAUUUAUUUUAAUAUUUUUGAUCAGCAUAUUUAAAUACUUAUUAUAAUUUUUUUUAUGAUUUUUA